GGGAAAAACUGCACUUUUUCCAUCCGGAGGCUCAAAAUGCUGCAUCGAUGGUGAGCCUAGGAAAGGGAGUCCAUCAGCAGAGACCUCCAAGGCCCCAGGUGAUGAGGUCCGAGCCCCUACAGGUGCAAUGUCGAGCAAUUUGGGUAAAGAUGCUGCAGGGCUGCUGAUACGGGCUGCCCGGGGCUGGAGGCAGGGGGGAGGGCGCACACCUCCAGCAGACACUGAUUGACAGACCAGAGAGUUGGAUGGUGGUUUUCGGCUAAGGAGAACUGACCCAAACCAAGACCAAGAUGGAAUUCCGACUGGGAUUUAGGAUCACACUGGUCUUGGUCAUCCUGACUCUUUCAAGGGAAAGUGUGGACGCUCAGAGGGCGGGGUGCAAAAACGUCCACUAUGACCUGGCGUUUAUCCUGGAUACCUCAUCUAGUGUCGGCAAGGAGAACUUUGAGAAGAUCAGGCAAUGGGUGGCCAACCUGGUGGAGUCCUUUGACGUGGCGCCAGACAAGACCCGAGUAGCUGUGGUCCGCUACAGCGACCGGCCCACCACCGAGUUCAAUCUGGCGAGAUACAGGAACCUGGAGGACGUGAAGCAAGCCGCUAGGAACAUACGCUACCUGGGGGGAAAUACAAUGACCGGGGAUGCUAUCAGCUACACCACCGACAGCAUCUUCAUGGAGCGGAAUGGGGCCAGGCCCGUGGGAGCCAGGGGCAUCCAAAGGGUGGCCAUUUUGCUCACAGACGGUCGGAGUCAGGAUUACGUGCUAGAGCCGUCUAAGUUGGCCGCCAAGGCUGGCAUCAGGAUGUUUGCGGUGGGCAUCGGGGAGGCGCUGAAGGUGGAGCUGGAGGAGAUUGCAGCGGAACCCAAGAACGCUCAUGUUUUCCACGUGACGGACUUUAACGCCAUCGAUAAGAUCAGGGGUCGGCUCAGGAGGAGGCUUUGUGAGAAUGUGCUGUGUCCAAACAUGAAGGUGCAACCUGAUCGCUUUAAGCAAAACAGCACCAGUUAUGGCCUACAGGAGGUUCCAGGCUUUGACUUGAUGGAGUACUUCAGUGUCAGAGAUAUUCUGGGAACCAGACUUGACGAGGGCCAAAGUGCGUACGUUCGUCUUGGCACCAUGCCCAUUGUGCAGCAGACUGAAGACGUGUUCCCUCAGGGCUUGCCGGAUGAAUACGCCUUUGUGACGACGUUUAAAUUCAGGAAAACCUCAAGACGAGAAGAUUGGUACCUCUGGCAGAUUUUCGACAAAUAUGGAAUCCCACAGGUGUCUAUCAGGCUGGAUGGCGAGAAUAAGGCGGUGGAGUACAACGCCGUGGGACUGACCAAGGACGCUGUGCGAGCCGUUUUCAGGAACUCCGAAGUGGACAACCUGUUUGACCGCAACUGGCACAAGAUUGCGCUGAGCGUGGAGGCCAAGACCGUGUCUCUCUACCUGGACUGUAAGCACAUUCAGACGCUGCCAAUCGGAGACAGGGAGGACAUCGACAUCCAGGGGAAGACGGUCAUUGGGAAGAGGCUGUAUGACAGCGUGCCGAUUGAUUUUGACCUCCAGAGGAUGGUGAUAUACUGUGAUUCCAAACAUGCCGAGCUGGAAACCUGCUGUGAUUUACCCAAUGGGCCUUGCCCUAAGAAGGUCGUGACGGAGGCUCCUCCAGUGGCAAUCCCCACUCCGACCCCCACCGUCGCUGAGCAGCAGCGGGGCCCCCAAGCCAACUGCUCAUGCCCUGCAGGAGAGAAGGGAGAGACCGGAGCACCUGGCCUGGCAGGUCUCAAGGGUGAAAAGGGUGACGCCGGCCCUCGAGGUGCCACAGGGCUGUCGGGCCUGAGGGGGGAAAAAGGAGAAGCUGGCAAAGUAAUCUCUGUCAGAGGUGACAGAGGGGAGAAGGGUGACAGAGGCACCAUAGGGCUCACAGGUGCCCCUGGACAAAAGGGAGAGAAGGGUGUCGGGGGCAUUCCUGGUAUAGAUGGACUAUCUGGAGACAAAGGAGACAAAGGGGAGGCAGGUCGGGCUGGGAAUCCAGGACUUCCUGGUCUGACUGGAUCAACGGGCAUUCAAGGUGAUGCGGGAUAUCCAGGAACACCAGGACCGAAAGGUGUCAACGGCGAGCAGGGAAUAAAAGGUGAAAAGGGAUCGAUAGGACCCAGUGGGACGACCGGUUUGGAUGGCUUACCUGGAAAACCUGGCGUUCCUGGCCAAGAUGGUUUGAGGGGACAGACUGGUUUGCCUGGGGCCAGUGGGGUCAAAGGUGACAAGGGGGAGCGAGGAAUUCCCGGAUUACCCGGUGAUGUGUAUCAACAAGAGGGUCUAAGAGGAGAAAAGGGAGAUGUUGGACUUCCCGGGCCUCCAGGUGCUGAUGGCCCACCAGGACCACCUGGUCCUCCAGGUUUACAGGGUCUACCAGGGGAGCCAGGAGAGUUUGGCCAAAGGGGGAAGAAAGGUGAAAGUGGAUUGCCUGGAGUAGAUGGACUUCCAGGACCUGUUGGUCCACAAGGUCCACCGGGACCACCAGGGAACACUGGUAACACUGGACCACCUGGACUGCCUGGUGAAAUUGGAUUUUCAGGCAAACCUGGCGAGGCUGGAAAGCCUGGUGUUCCUGGUAAAGAUGGACUGGAUGGUCUUCCUGGUAAUGAUGGCGCCAUGGGGCCCAGAGGAGAGCGUGGAACAGAUGGUUUUCCUGGCAAGCCUGGACCAAAGGGUGAUGAUGGGCCUCCUGGACCAAGAGGACCUCCAGGGGAGAGAGGAGAGGCUGGUGCUCCUGGUCAACCUGGUGCUGGUGGAGCAAGAGGAGAGAGGGGAAGUCCUGGUGAAAGAGGACAGGAGGGACCAUUUGGGCCAAAAGGUGAAAAGGGUGACAAGGGUGAAAUAGGGGCCAGGGGACCACCCGGUGUUCCUGGAAAUGUAGCAACUGUUAUUCCUGAGCCGGGUGAACCUGGAAAACCAGGAGAGAAAGGAGAGAAAGGGGACCAAGGACAGACCGGAGAAAUGGGCCCGAGAGGAUUACCUGGUGAACAAGGCUUUAAGGGUCCGCCUGGACCAGCGGGCCCUAAAGGUGACGCAGGACUUCAAGGAGAGGCAGGACGUGUUGGAGAUCCAGGCCCUCCUGGCGUGGCCGGACCUCAGGGGCCUCGAGGACUACCAGGCAAUGUGGGCAUACCAGGCAUCAUUGGGCCCCCUGGUGCAGCUGGAGAGAGAGGAGACAAGGGAGAACCAGGCAAACCAGGGCAAACAGGUCAACGAGGUCCACCCGGAGAACCUGGCUUGAUUGGGCCCCCAGGACCAACAGGGAAGGGAAAAGAUGGCCUAACUGGUGAACCAGGACCACGGGGAAAUGAAGGACCCCCAGGCCCAAAGGGCCCACCAGGGUCAAGAGGGGAGCCAGGGUUACCAGGGGACAGGGGCUCCCCAGGAGAAGGCAAAGUAGGACCUCAGGGCCCCCCCGGGAAUAAUGGGGAUCCCGGAUCUCCUGGCUUGAGGGGUCUGCCUGGCGUUACUGGUGCUCAAGGCCCUGCAGGACAUAAUGGUCUGCCGGGAAGGCCAGGAGAGAAAGGCUCACCUGGAGAGCCUGGAAAAGCAGCAGACCUUUCUGAUUUAAAACUGAAGGACAUCUGUUCAGACUGCCCAGCAGGUCCACCCGGACCACCCGGUAUCCCGGGACUCCCAGGCGAUAAAGGACAACAGGGACCUCCUGGGAAAAAUGGUCAAGAUGGCUACCAAGGCUCGCCGGGACUACCUGGACCUCAAGGCCCCUCUGGAACUGACGGAGCAAAGGGACUCAAAGGCGAUCGUGGAACUGCUGGAGCCCCUGGAGAUAAAGGAGAAAAGGGUCACCCUGGACCUCCAGGCCACCCUGGUCCUCCUGGAAUGAUGGGCUCAGCUGGUAACGAUGGACAACCUGGUCCUGCUGGUCCCCCAGGACCCCCUGGAGAGAAGGGCAAAGAGGGUCUCAAAGGGAUCCAGGGUCCUCCAGGUCUUCCUGGCUUGACAGGUCCACCUGGGAAAGUGGGAAAAGAUGGCCAACAAGGUGAACAAGGAGAAUCAGGCAAGCGAGGUGAACCUGGACCACCGGGAAACCCUGGACUACGGGGGCUCCCAGGCUUUAAAGGCCACAGAGGAGAACCUGGUAGUCAGGGGUCAAAGGGAGAAGACGGAAAACCUGGACCGCCUGGACGGGAUGGCAAACCUGGAAAAGAGGGUCUGAAGGGGCCGCCAGGACCAGAGGGACUUGUUGGACCGAGAGGAGAGCCAGGCAAACAGGGUGAACCAGGACCGUCAGGCAAAGCAGGCCUCCCUGGAACGCCUGGCCUCAGGGGCGACAAGGGAGAAUCUGGCAACCCGGGAUUACCAGGAUUCAGUGGGCCUAAAGGUCCAUCGGGUCCACCCGGUCCAAUUGGUCCGGAAGGGAAGCAGGGAGUUCCAGGCAGAAUGGGUGACCGUGGUCUUAAGGGGGAGAAAGGGGACUCAGGCAUGAAAGGAGAUAAAGGGCAUUCAGGAGAACCAGGAAUCCCAGGAAAUCCGGGACCGCCUGGCAGAAAGGGACACACUGGAAUGAUGGGCAUGUCAGGACCACCGGGAGAAAUGGGAGCUCCCGGGCCACAAGGACCUUCUGGCAACCCUGGUAUGCCAGGCCCCAGGGGGGAGUCAGCAUCAGUGGAGCUGAUGAGACGGCUCAUUCAGGAAGAACUGUCCAAACAGCUGGAUGCCAAACUGGCCUACCUCAUGGCUCAGAUGCAACCAGCCCAUGUCAAGAGUUCUACGGGGCGCCCAGGUCCGCCUGGCCCUCCUGGUAAAGAUGGGAAUCCCGGGCGACCAGGCCCACCUGGUGAACCUGGUAUACCUGGACUGAACGGUGGAGAAGGAUCGAGGGGACCCAUGGGCCCUAAAGGUGAAAAGGGGACUCAAGGAGAAAAGGGAGACCCAGGUUUUGGUGAAAGAGGAGAACAAGGUCCUCCUGGUCCGAUAGGUCCAGCCGGUAUGCCGGGCUACGGCAAAGACGGAAGCCCAGGACAAGCAGGAGCCCAAGGAGAACCAGGGAACCCCGGCCCCCACGGCCAACCAGGUCCUCCGGGACUUCCUGGCCAAUGUGACCCCUCACAGUGUGCCUACUAUGCCAGCCUCGCCAACAGACCUCACACCAAAAACGUCAAGGGGACUUAGAUAAACAGAAGAGCUGUAUUUAUGAACAUUGUCUCAAUCAAGGACUUUUUUUUUUGGAGGACUUACAGUCAUUCUUUUUUGUUUUCUUGUUUGAAGCUUGGGGGAUUGGACGUUGGGGACUUUUUCGGGAGGGCAGCUAAGUAUUUCUUCCUGACUUGCAUGCUUCCUGUAAAAUAUAUCUGGAAACAACGCGGGUCCCUCCAGGUAAACUAAACACAUAUUUUACGUACGAUGAUUGUUUAUUAACGGAAGUGGUGGUUGACCACGUCUGUGCUUCUUAUGCAGAAAGUCAGCCAUAGCAGUGUCCUCCUUUAAAUACAGCUUUAAUUAUGGAAUAAACUAAAGGCCAUGGAGCUCACAUCUCCUUCUCCCAACUCAUUGAUUUGAGCCUUUCUACCUCUGGGAGAGAUUCUAUAAUCAUUGUGCAAAUAAAUAACCAGCGAUUUUGCACAGAAUUAAAGAGGAAUAACUUUCCUUGUAUAUACAUCAAGCAAUCUAAAAGAUGUUUGUCAUCUAGAACUUAUUAGAAUCUCUUUUGACGGUGUUUUAUUGAGAUAUUUUUUUGAAAAAUGUCUCACAAUAAUAUAAAGCCCCAAUAACUAAACCAAAGAUGGGUUUAUAACUAUCACUAUACUCUCUAUAACUGUUAUUAUUAUUUAUAUGAGAUCAAAAGUAUUCUCAAACUAAGGGAGGAAUACCACUGGUGGUACGCAGGCUCCAUUUAGUGGUACGCAGGAACAUAGGAAAUAAUUGUAAAAAUAAAAAUGUAUUAACCAAAGAUUAUGAAUGUUUAACUCGGAGCAAGUACAUAUUCAAAGCUAAAUAGAGCUAAGCAGAGGUAGUAAAAACAGUGGUACUUGCAAAAUAUUUUUCAGGUGGGACUUGGCUUACCAUUGUUUUAGCUUGUUGUUUCAAAGUCCCCUUAUUCCUUACUGGAAUAUACAAUCAAAUGGUGCUAAAGUGUGUGAAAUGAGUAGCAUAAUGUAAAGUAUCGGGAAGACUCAUUCAUGUAAUGUACUGUACUAUAAAACUGGAAUAAAUUCAUCUCAAACCACAGCCUUAGGCAGUGAAUGUGAAGAGGCUAUUCUGUCACAAUGUCCU